AUGGAUACUCUGCGAGAGCAGGUUAUGAUAAAUCAAUUUGUUUUAGCCGCUGGAUGCGCUAGGGAACAAGCAAAACAGCUUUUGCAAGCGGCGCAUUGGCAAUUUGAGACAGCUUUAAGCAUAUUUUUUCAAGAAGCAGCCAUACCAUGCUGUCAUCGAGGUCCUAAUUCUCAUAUUGGUCAGGUUACUCCGUGCAAUACUCCAGCUACUCCUCCUAAUUUUCCAGAUACACUCCUUGCAUUUUCAAGAAUGACAACAAAUUCAAAUGAUAAAUUAAGCUCAUCUCCUUCUUCAGGUAUACUUUCCACUUCUCCGAAUCAAGUACAACUACCUCCAAGUUCAAAUACAAAUUACAACAGUAGCCCUCAGUAUAUUUUUCCUCAAAAUCACUUUCCACAACAUUCCCCCUCAGGACAACAACAACAACCGCAAAACAAUGGCGUUCCAUCGAUCGACCCAUUAUAA